CUGGACGCUUAUAGGCAGGGCAUAACGGGCAGGGGUGACGUGGCCGAUGUUACCAGCCGAUUGGACGCGGGACGGCGCCUGCGCAGCGGCUUCUCCCACACUACCUCCUUCGUCAGUUGGCUUCGCCCCGAGGUGGUAACGUCAGUCCCCCGCGCGGAGGCGGGAUCGGGCCGCCAUGGUAGAGAACUCGCCAUCGCCGCUGCCCGAGCGCGCGCUCUACGGCUUCGUGCUCUUUCUCGCCGCCCAGUUCGGCUUCAGUAGGUGCCGCGGGGAGGCGAGGGCGGGGCCCGGCCGGGCAGACGCGGCCGGAGCUGGCCCCGCAGGGCCGGCGUUGCCGGGUGCACGAUAAUUAUCCGGUUUCUCCGAUAAUUGGAACCCUUGUACGAUGAGCACUCAGUAAUGGUAAUAAGCGUCUUCAAACUGUCCGAUCGUUUUUGAGGUAGCGGAUGGAUGCAGCAGAUGUAAAACCCAUGUCACUGUCUGGGAAUCUGCUAUACCUUGUGUGGGCAUAUGUUCCUGAAUCGUGGUUAUUCUCAUUGGGACUAACAUACUGGCCUCAAAAGUAUUGGGCUGUUGCUUUGCCAGUAUACCUCCUCGUUACUAUAGGAAUUGCUUAUGUUCUACUUUUUGGUAUUAACAUGAUGAGCACUGCUCCACUCAACUCAACACAUACCAUUACAGAUAACUAUGCAAAAAAUCAGCAACAGAAGAAAUAUCAAGAAGAAGCAAUUCCUGCAUUGAGGGAUAUUCCCAUCAGUGAAGUAAACAGAACGUUUUUCCUUGGAGACGGAAGUAACUAAUUAAGCCAAGAUGUUUUGCUUUUUUAAAUAAAUUAUAACCACAAUUAAUUU